CUUUGUUAUUGGAAAGUCUUUGUAGAUAUGCUGCGGUUAUCAUUUCGACCAUCAGGUUCCUGUUCCUUAUAGACACUUAUGCGUAAAUAGUGCAUUAUCAUCUCAACUAUAAGAUCGCUGAGCUUCCAUGAUUGUCUGGCCGAAGCGAAUUUCCCUCUCCAGAUGUCGAAGUGAAAUGAAGCAGUAAAGGGCGCGUUGUUGUGUUGACCCAAAAUACCACGCUAUGGGUAGGAGCAUUCGCCAUGGCGGCAAGUAAUAGAAUGAUAAUAAGUUGAGUUGUGUCGGGUAAGAACUAGACGAUUCACUCCAGACUUUGUACCACCGAACAAAGACACACGUUAUAUCUACGUCUUUGCGCCCGCCAUGCUCUGUCCCUUUCAUCUCGACAUUCGAUCUCUUCUAUAAAAGCUUCUUUUGCUUCACACAACAUCUUCUUAAGAUCCAGCCGUCCUCAACAUGGCGCCUGGAAUGGUCUCAAAUUCUGACCUUCCACAGGUGUUGCCUGAGACGGACCUAUCGUCUGAUCAAGUGAAGUCUCCGGUUAUAUGCGCUCAAGAAAUCCAGGAUCAUCCUCGCGGGGAUGAGAUUCGGCGUCAGGUCGAAUAUUACUUCUCCGAUGCUAAUCUGGUCACCGAUGAAUACUUGCUCGAGGCAUGUAACGGAAUAGAAAACAAGCCCGUCUCCAUUAAGAAAAUAUGCAGAUUCAGUAAAAUGCGGUCCUUCAAGCCAUACACCCAAGUCGUAGCAGCCCUUAGACUGAGCCCCUUUCUGAAUGUUUCCGAGGACGGCAAGGGCAUCAGCCGGAAACUACCGCUCCGGCCAUACCAGCUCGCAGGUGGUGAUGAAGAUGGCGAUUCAGAUCUCGAACUCGAAAACAAGGAGGGUGAGGCAGAAGUGGUUGUGCAGAGCCCGGCCCCGCAACCCAAGAAGUUUGAACCUGUGAAGUCCACAAACCCAAACAUAACGAAAAACCUGGCCAAACCCACAGGCUUCGAAGAGUACCAUGCGGAGGGGCCUAUCACCCCAGCUGAGUAUAAGGACGAUCAGGCACUAUUCGAUCCAGAGUGUUCGUUCUCGGAGCGGAUUGAGUCAGCUAUACAACGAUUCAAGGUUAAGAAAAAACUGCAUCAGGAACAUGCACGUAUCUUCACGGCGUUCAUGAAGUACGGAGGAGUUGAGAUUCGUGCACAGUUUUCCGGACUCGAUCAGAAAGAACUGAAGGAGAAAGACAUUUACGAACUAACACGAUUAAUGGCCACCCACUUUGUGAGCAGUGACAAGGACGAUGACGAGCUCUGGGUAGUAGACUUUGUUGGUGUAGUGAGCGGCUUUCUUUCUUCGCAAUUUCCACUUUUUCACCAGGACUAUUCUCGCGAGCGAGUCAAAAUCGCAACGCAAACUAUUCGUACUUUCUACAACUAUAUUUUGCAUCACAAUGUCUGCCCUGAAUACAACGAUCAGAUAUUCGCUGCACGCAAAAUCUGCGAGUCUGCCGAUGAAGAGUUACUCAAAGUACAAACUGUGGGUUAUGCAUUUCCUGGUGCUUUCAAUGUGGCUUGCUCGGUGCUUUUCGGCGGUUACUAUAAUGGCAAAUACAUCGGCAACCAGCCAUGGGCUCUGGACGGCGACCAGACAGCAAACCCACAUCUAUUCGAAUACGUUCGAUGGACUCCAGGCCAGGGUUUCAGUCAAAAAGAAGCACAGAUCGUGAUGCAGACUGCUGUCGCUGCUGUAGGAACUUAUGACCAGUCAUAUCGACUCACCCAAGAAGAUCUCCAAAAUUUCGACAUGCGUGAAGUGGAAGAUCUUGGACUUGAAGUUGUCAGCAUCGUACUUGCGACACCAGAAGUCUUGGCUUUGUAUGCGGAACUCAAUAAGGAGUAUCAACACAAGCUGGACAUGCGACCACUUGGAAAGAUGGUCUGCAAGCCCUGGUCCAUACCCGACUUCACCCCGCACGAUAUCAGUGCUGCAGCCGCGAAGAAGCGUGUUCUUGACCUAGAUCGUACAUUCGAAUUUUGGAUUGAGGAUGAGAUUUUGGAGGACUGCUUCGUGGGUAUGAAGCUAGAUGGCACUAUCUGGAAGCUCGCGCUGGGAGACGGCAUCUGGAUUCUGGAUAAUGUCAGGGAGGUCUACUGUAGUUUCUUCAAAUGGCUGCCCAACGAGUUGAUCAUGGGUGACCGUAGGAUCCUGCGAGAACCUCAAUGGUAUCCACAUGGUCGAGGUGGUAAGGCAACACCUAGUGAGUCGGGAGAGACUCAGAACGCAAAGGAGAUCCAAGGCGGCGAAGAAGCAAAUGAUUGUUCUGAUGUGGAAGAGGACAAGGACAAGAGGGCUAAUGAAGAGGGGCUCUGAUGUUGCUACGCUGUAUAACCUUGCUGAGCUGGAGUCCUUCCUUUUCUCCAAUGAUGCUUUCGUGAUUUAGUAUUGAACCAGCCCAGCGUUCGUCGCUUUAUCAGGUGCUAUGAAGCCUUCGAAUUUAC